AAUCAUGCGUUAGAUAGUGCAUUUUCCCGAACAGUUUGUGUUAGCCAUUGUUUUGUUUAUGAUGUUCGGAGGCUAUGUUGUUGACAACCACUUUUACACAUGUCAUACAGGGAGUAAAGGUAUCCGACGUUGGUUCGUUCGUUAUCAAGUUAGGCUGUUUUCACACACAUUUCUAGACAGGUCUCCCUUGCAAAAUAGGUUCUAACCCCAGGGGUUUCUCCUGGUUAAAGGGUAUAAUAUAAUAAUAAUAAUAAAUAAUUAGUAGCCUAAAAACUUCCGUCUAGUUGUCAUGGAUACGCAACGCUCCACUCUGUAAAGCGACUGCUUGAGUGCGGUGACAAAAAGCAGAUGUGAAACAUUGUUUACUUUUCACAAUGCAGCAGCGCCUGGCUCCACCCAAAUAUGUGUGAAAACUAUGUUGAUUGACUUGACCAAACGAACAUAGUUUUAGAUAAAUGUAUUUAGAUAGCUAAGCUUUAGAUAGCUUGACAACAAUAUGUUCCUAUUACAGUUGCUAAUUAUUAUACUUACCAACUAACUUGCAUGUUAUUCUAUUGCUAACUUGCUAAUAUUGUUAUUUUUCUGCAGUGUCUGAGAAAGAUCAGGGCUCAGGAGAGGUGGUUGUCAGGGCAGAGUGCUUCAGGUCCAUGAGGAAAGCUGAGAAACCUCAUAAGCUCAGAGUAUGGUUACAGUCAGCAGCAGUGUGAAAUUAUGUUCAGUAUACAAAUAGUAGUAGGCCUAAUGUUGGGUAGGGUAUUGUUAGGCUGAAGGGUAUUGAUGGACGUAGGGUAUUGUUAUUUUUUCUAGGAUCAUGUCAGGCUGUCAUCAUGUCAAGGGGGUGUUCAGACAGGCUUUUUUUAAAGAAAUUAGUAAUACUGUCAAGGGAUAUGCAUUGAUUACAUUAAAUACAUUGAUAUGUUUUACUUAAUAGGUUGUCCUAAAAGAUUUGCAGCCUGUGCAACUUCUGCACUUCUGCUGCACCUGCAAGGCUGGGAAAGCUUUAUGCAACCAUUGUGUAGCUCUUCUGUUUCAAUCUGCACACUAUUCGCAAUUGAAACUCCAAGUUGUUCCCCCAAUAUUAAGCUGCACUGAAGGUGAACAACAGUGGCAUAAGCCUAGAGUUAUGGGGAUAAAGCCGGGCCCUGUUGACAAGAUGGCUGUGAUCUCAGCCAAACCGAAAACAAGAAAGACCACAGAGGGAGUGCGGAGUAAACUGUACAAAGGCCUUCAUGGGGAACUUCCUGACCUCUCAGUUCUUCGGGUGUCUGAGGUGUUCAAAGAUUUUGCUGAUGCUGACCGCCCUAUGAUCUGCAGCAUGGGAAUAAGUGAGGAUAUCCCACUUGUGGACUCACUGUUCGGCAAGGUGCAACAUGGAAGUCCCCUUUCUUAUCAGCAACCUGCCAAAGAGAAAGCAAAGACUCUUCAUGAUGCUCCACCUCCUCCAUCAUUGCCACUGCAAGGCUACAGACUUGACCCAUCAGAGUGCAUGUUUGUCUGUUCCAGGAAGCAACAGCUGCACAUGAAAAGUCUCGAGGUUACCCUGGAAUUGGCCCAGAAGAUUGAAUGUGCUACGCGAGAGCAGAGUUUGUGUGCCGAUUGGUACAAUGUACGGAAACCACGGGUGACUGCAUCUCGUUUUAGAGAGAUCUGCCAUGUGGGCAAGGCCUCUGAAGAGGGACUUGCUGAACGCAUUCUAAGAGGUACUCACCAGACAGGGCCUAUGAAGAGGGGUUUGGAGUUGGAGGCAGAUGCGAUCUGGGAAUAUUGCCAGAUAAAACGUGUGAACCACUACAAAUGUGGGUUUGUGGUACAACCGGAUGCACCAUGGAUUGGUGCCUCACCAGAUGGGGUUGUUUUUGACCCCUUGGAGCAGCCUCAGUUUGGCCUUGUGGAAAUAAAAUGUCCAAACAUUCCAAAUUAUGUAGAUGCACCUUAUCUCAAGGUCAUCAAUGGCUCAUUGCAGCUCAAACCAACUCAUGCCUAUUAUUGGCAAGUUCAGGGCCAACUACUUGUCACCGGUAUGAGUUGGUGUGAUUAUGUCGUCUCCGCUCAAGAUGAUGUUUUCAUACAAAGAAUAAAGAGGGAUGAGAGUGUGAUGGAAAAAAUGAAGCGUGGGAUAGAUAAGUUCUACUUUCACGUGUACAUGGACAAAUACCUGGCAGUGGCGUAAAUUGGUUGCUUGUCAUUCCUGAGUUUUGGGCACAUUUUUACAGAAGACUCCUUUAAAUCUGUUAUUACCUUGCAUACUUACCUUGAUCAUUUCUCAUAUUAUAAAUGUUAAUUUGUGCCUUUGUAUGCAUUGUUAUUGAAGGGCAGUGACACUUUCAUGUUAACCAUUUAUGAAAUUGAAGUUUGUCAAAUACAGUUCACUUGA